AUGGCUGUAGAAACCAAAUUCCAACACUUGUUUGGAGGAACUGGAUGCCUCAGGCAUGCCUCCGAAUUUGUUAGUGACCAUGAGCGGCAUGUUGACAUUGAACCAGUUGAGAGCAUCUCACAAGGUGCAGAGAAUACACUUCCUACUCCUACUCCUGGGAUGUCCAGCGUAGCUGCCGACACUGUCAUGCGCCUUCCAGUAAUGCAGCCUCAUGCUCCUCCUCUCUUAGGGACAUCCGACACAGCUGCCGGAACUGCCCCACAGCUUCUAGCAGUGCUACCUCCUACUCCUUCUUGCUUGGGCACACGUGACACAGCCGCCGACACUUCUCCACAGUUUCCAGCAGUGCUACCUCCUACUCCUUCUUGCUUGGGCACACGUGACACAGCCGCCGACACUUCUCCAUAG